AUGGCACUAGACGGUAAAGCAAUCAAAGAAGAGAUACCAGACAAAGACACGUACGAGACUAGUGCUCGUAAAUUGAAAGCCAGUGGCAAGGAACAAUGCCGCACACCGGACUCACCGGAGGGGGCACGGGUGGUGGCACCCCGGUCGCCCAUCUCGCCGCAGAUCUCGCAACAUCACAGCACGCUGGUACCGCCAAGAUCGGCCUCAUCACAAGUCAAUCGCCACGGGAGCUCAUCACCAACCGGCACUGUCAAUGGCAGUGGCGGUAGUCUCGGCAGCCUGACGCCACCACCGGCCAUCACGCCCGCCUCCGCGGCCGCCGUAGCUGCAGCGGCUGCUGCUGCCGCCGCCCAGCAGGACACCGCCAAGCUGCUGAAGAUCCGUCGGUUCCUUGGUGCGCUCGUUCAGUUCGGGCAGGAUGCUAACGUCGACACCGGUGAUCGGGUGCGCUCUUUGGUUCUUUCACUAGCGAGCGGUGCCAUCACUGUGGAUGAGUUUCAACUAGCAGUGCAGGAAGCGACGAAUUUUCCCUUACGAACCAACGUCGUACCGUUCCUAAAGUCGCACGUUCCGGUACUGCAGCGAGAGAUCAACAUUCUUGCACGAUCAAACAAGCAGACAUCUGCCCAGUACGUCAGAUCCAACGAGAGCAGCGUUAUGGAGUACGUGCAGAACUUAGCCGAAACGGCCGAAAUAUUCUUGCCACACGAGGGAACGUUCGCAUCCUCGGUGACAGCUGCCGCUGCGGCCGCGGCAGCUGCAGCAGCUGCCGUUGCAAGUGGUGCUGCCUCCGGUGGACCUGCGGCCGGUGCAACCGUAAAUGGGUUGGGACUGAAACGACGAGCUUCUGAUAACUUAUACGACACACAUUCGACAGGGCCGCCGGAAUGGAGUGAUUACGUGCUGCCGCCAACCAAACGUCCCCAUCCGUCGCUUUUGUUGGCCUCCGGCGCGUCCCAACUGUAUCCCGGCCAUCCAGCUCUCUUCGAAUAUCAAAACGGUGGCUUACAUCCACAUUCCGAUGGUUUGCAUUCCAUUCACCGAGACGAUCGGGAUUUAAGAGCUGGGUCUACCGAAUCUCAUCGACCACCUAGAAUUCCACCUGGCGGCGGAAGCGGCGGAGGCGCUGGCGGUGGCAGCAGUGGCGGCAGCACCGGUAAUGGUACCGGUGGUAGUGGCAGUAUAGGUGGUGGCUCGAUUGGAGGAGCCAGUGGUGAAGAGGAGUGGAAAAACAUUCACACAAUGCUGACCUGCAUUUCGGCAAUGGUGGAGAAAACGAAGCGGGCGAUCUCCAUACUGCAGCAGCGUGGUAUCGAUAACAGUCAUGCACGAGAUCACCAGGACACCUCGAUGGCGGACAUCAAGAGACAAACGGAGGAAAAAAUAUCCGAGUUCCGGCGCACCGCCGAAGAGUCUGUGAAUCAGGUCAAACGGCAAGCUGUUAUGGAGAUUCAGCGUGCCGUUGCGGCCGCAGAGUCAAGAACACUGGAGAUGAUCGCUCAGGAACGGUUAAAGAUGGAGAAGCUGUACGCUGACAUACAUCGCAACAGCGCCGAUGAGACAGAGCCACCCAUUUCGAGUGGUAGUCAGAAUGCUUGCUGGAACUGUGGACGAAAGGCAAACGAAACCUGUUCCGGCUGUAAUCUGGCACGAUACUGUGGAUCUUUCUGUCAGCACAAGGAUUGGGAUCAACACCAUCAGGUUUGCGGUACAUCACGUGCGGAGAACAGCUUUCAAAAGCACACCCAGAGCUCCCGUACGUCUAUAGCUUCCCGUUCGACUACGCCCCAGCAGCAGAGCAACAGUACAUCGAACGGUACGGCUUCCGCCGCAAAAUGA